GAGUACAGCCUGCGGCUGCAAAUCAAGGGAACAUGGGUCAAAUGGUUGCGAAUGGGUUUUCGCAGCUGGGACAGAGCUCGUGGCCGGGAUGCGCUCCACCUGGUUAUUGGCCUGGAUAUGGGUCGUACGGUCCAUGGCUCUUUUUUAAUCAAUUUGCACCAGGUCCAGGGGCCGCUUCGGCGCCUGCCGCAGGAUGGUAUCCCAGUGGGCCUGGUCAGGGACAGGAUUGGCAAGGAGGGGGCCAACAGCAGCAACAGCUACCCCCGCCGCAGGCAAGCCAGCCCAACCAAGCAGUUGGCCGAGGGCAGGGCCAAGGCCCGGGAGGCGGAUCGUAAGGGGGGCAAGGUCGAGGUGGCGGAGGCCGCGGAAGAGGUUAUGGCAAUGGUGGACAAGGCAGUCAGGGAGGAGGCCGCGGUGGCGAUUGGAAUACGUCAGGAGGAAAUGAUGAUGGACAAGGAGGACAAGGGUAUGGAAGAGGAAGGUUUGAUUGGAAAAAUGCUAUUUGGUCUCAUCUCCACCAAUAUGGAUGGGGAUGUCUAUGAUAAGUUUGGGCAGUAUAUUGACCCCAAGACACCGGGUGGCAUGUGUAAGGAAGCAAUCCGGCAGAUUAAUGAACAGCCUGCCCCACCAGCUGUGUUUCGCUUAUGGCAAGAGGAAGAGGUAAGGUCCACAAUCAAAGUAGAGGAGUUGGCCACCGACGGCUCGGUAAGAGGUCCGGAGAGCAAAAGUCCAUUCUUAGUUCAAGUUGAGGGGGAUGAAGAACUUGAGUGUGAGGAGCCCGCCAGCAAGGUCCUGGAGCGAGUUGAAGACCUCGUGGAGAAGAUGCGAAGGCUCAAUUUUAAAAUGAUAAUGAUUUGUGAAAAGGUGGCGAGGCCUAUGGUCUAUCUUUUGGGUUCUGAGGCCGGCCCGAGUGUUAAGCCAGCAUGUACAGCCUUGGGGUCGUCCCCUCGAUCAGGCAUGACCUUUCGGCCACCUCGUGGGCAGCCUGCGAUCCCACAAGCCGCUCGGACGAGGAGCAAGAAAGGAGACCCUAGUAGUAGCCAAAAACCUCCAGAGGAGGGUGAACCACGUGAGAAGGCGCCCACCAUCAGGGCAGAGGGUGAGGGCGAGGAUGAUGAGGAAGACGAGCGGCUAAGAAAACAGGAUGAGGAGCAAGCAGCGUUGCGAGCGAAAAAGAGGAAGGUAGAGGAUGGGCCAGAGCGGACAACAAAAGGGGAGACGACGCGAAAGCAAAAGUACGCAGUCCCCCUGGAAGAUGGUCUGGACAUCGAGGCUUUGGUGGAUCAACUCCUUGAAGGGCAUAAUGAGUUGUUAAAUUUAAGGGAUAUUUUGGCCUCAGCGCCUAAGCUUCGAGAGGAACUUAAGGCUCGGCUUUCUCGCAGGAGGAUGGCUAGUGUGCGGUUGGGUGAUCUUAUCCCGACGGAGGCACAUUGGGCGGCUCCGGGGUCAAAGAUGGACUGGAAGUCGAUGGCAACUGGGAGCGUUAACUUCCUCAUCAGAGGCAAGCCAUGUGCAGGAAUGUUAAAUACGAGCGCGGAAAUGAAUAUUAUCAAGGAGGCAGAUGCGCUUCGAUUGGGCAUGGACAUCGAUCGCACAGAUUCAUGUUUUCUCCAUGGAGCUAGUGGGAGGACCCCUUUCACGGGAACGGUCUCAAAUGUGGUAGUCGAGAUCGAAAGGGUAAAGAAUUUUGCCGGGAAAACCGAGCAGCUACGGAAGCUCGUGCGAAAAGAUCAAGAGUGGGAAUGGGGCGAGAAACAGGAGGAAGUGGUGAACGGUUUAAAAGCGGAAUUCAGAGAAGGUGGUUUGGUUUUGGGGGUUCCUGAUUUUGAAGUGACGGCGGUGCGCCCAUUUAUUGUGGAAACGGAUGCCGGACCGACUGCUUUAGGAGGAGUCAUAAUCCAAGCUGACGCUAAUGGUGAGGAAAGGCCGCUAAGAUUUGAGAGUCGCACGCUAAAUGGUACUGAAAAAAAUUAUUUACCAUUUAAAAAGGAAACGUUGGCGGUCCUCCAAUCCUUAAGGAUCUUUCACAACCACCUUUUCGGUAGGAGAUUUGUGCUCAGAGUGGAUCCAACCGCGCUAGCCUGUUCCUUGAAGAACUAUGCACCUGCGGACCCUACUAUUGCAAGGUGGCUCACGUACGUCUGGAUGUUCGAUUUCGAGUUGGAGCGUAUACCAGGGGAUAGGAAUAGGGUCGAUGGGCUCAGCCGCAUUAACUGGGACAAGGCUAGCGAGGGAGCAAAGGAGGACGCGCCAUCAGUUGAUGCAUUCCUCGAUGAGGAGGAAGAUGUAAGGCUUUAUAUCAACGCGUAUGCAGUUGGAGUAUGUGGGGCGGUUGAGCAAGGACGGUCUGCUUGGCUUGCCCCGGCAGGAUAUGAGAGGCGCGCAAAUAUAGUCCAUAAGGCCUUCGUGGAGGAGGAUCCUUGGGGAGGAAAGGAUGUGGAGUGGAUGGUCAAAUUGGCGUUGGCAGAAACCUACCGAAUGGACGAGAAACCUUUGAUGAUAGAAAAUGGGCCUCAGUCACUGAGCGCGCAUGCGAAGUAUAUUGGGGAUGUAAGCUUACUUAUUAACUCGCUCGUACAGGCGAGUGAAUGUGGUGAAGGGAACCAGAGCCCUGUCAGGGAUGGGGAGGAAGAUGAGUUCGAGGAGGGCGAGAUAAAGGAGGCCUUUCGUACGGACGAGUACGAAGGUCGGCACUACAGAGGAGCAGCAGCCCGCGCAGCUGAUAGUCGGUUGCAAGAUAAGGAGAGGUGGGACUGGCUCCCUCGUGUGAGGAAGGAGCCCCUGAAAGUGGGAGAUGUUGUGCUGUUGUUUGACUUUUCGAAGUCGGUCACGCUCACGGGUGAGGGGGUUGGCAGAGUGAUAUUUUCAGGAGCAAAUUCCAUGAUGGCGGAACAGAGCGGACACCGACCGGCUUCGAUGGGGCCAUCAGACCCCUUUUCCUACGAUGGAGGACACGUGUUUCCUUUUCUGGAUACUGUGGUUGAGUGUGCUAUGGCCCUUUGGUUGGGUCAGGCGGAGUUAUUGGCGAGAGUCCGAGGCAGAGAUGAGUACGAGGGGCCAGUUGCACGGUUUGCGAGGGAUGCGUUGGAUUGGAGAAAGUUUGCGCGAGAGAUGAUGACAUUGCAGCCUCACCCGACAGAUCAUUGGGGGAGACCAAUACGCUUCAAUGGGGGCAACCUGGAUGAUUUUGAGGAUGCCUUUGUUGCCUUUGGGGAGCGGCAGGGAUGGAACGAGAGUCAGAUGCACUUUCAAGUGCGUUUUUGGGUUGUGCCCCGGUUUGCAGAUGAGGUAGACACCUUGGUUUUGGAGACGGCAGAUUGGGUGGCCCUUAUGAAGGCGCUCAGGAAUGCCUUCCCGCCAUGGAGACGACACCUACUCCAGGAGCUGACCAGAGACUGGGUACCGGAGUUCAAGGAGCCUCAGAGGACGUAUCAUAGAGAGACACGGACAUCUCGGACUGCAGAGACCUCGCGACCAUCACAUCGACGGACUCGCCACUCCAGUAGAGAGGGAUUUGCCCCACCAGUUGAGUUGGAGGCCAGGGAGUUGGUCAGUGGAAGCCGAGACACUAUCUCCUCACCGGGCAUUGAGGGAGUCCCCCAAUGUCCUCGCCUCGAGAUCAUGGGCCCCAAUGAGACAUCUUCUGUCAAGCAGCCUCGGUUGAAGGCCAUGGCGAGGAGGGCUCCUACAGAUGAGAGAUCCCACUCGGAGCAGGCAUCGGGUGUGCCGAUACUCAUGAUCAGGUAUGGGAGUGGUGUGACCGAGCGUCGACCUCUGGGGGAUCAGCAGACGGAGGAGCAGCCACGGAAGAGCCCAUAUGUGUCAAUAGGGCCACCUUUUCAGGUGGAGGCGCAGAGGGCCGACGAGAUGGGUACUGGAGUGGAUCAGCCUUUUAUAGCACAAUCGUCAGAGCAGCAGAGUCAGGAGGGUGAGUUGCAGGAUGAGACAGAGGAUUUAUUGAUGGCACAGUUGUACUGCAUGGAGCCUCCUAUUGGGCGUAACCGGCGAGGCGUAGAGGGGGAGCCAUCACCCAUGGACAGGGAACAGGAGCGAAUUGAGGAGGAGAUUUUAGAGGUUGGUGGAGCCUGGCAUGUGGCGGAGGGGUCAGCUUCGGACAAGGUAGCACCAGUGGUAGGCCCAGAGGAGAUACCCGAGCAUAGCGGUACACGAGAGGGGGUGACUGCUGAGGGUAUUCCAGAGAGGGGUGAUCAGCGGCCAACAAAGGUACUGACUGUUGAGGCCGACACGCCUAUGGAUGGGACGCAAGGAUCAGCGGGACAGACAUCUACCGAGAUGGAUAUAGCGCUAGCCCAAGAAUUAGCGCAGCUACCGCCUAUGCUUUUCCCAAGUUGGCUUGCUUUUGAGCGGCUGGGCCAGGCAUACCAGCAGGGCGGAGAGAGGAUGGUCUGGGGGCGCUACAUGCAGACAUCGUUCGGCAGAGGGAGUACACCGCGAGAGGGUUUGCAGCAGCAAGUCAGGCGGCAGACGAGGUCAGGAAUCUACAUUGAGGAUGGAGCUAUGAUGAGGCAGCAGGAGGAGAUCAAGAGGAGGCGACGGCUUAAGGGAUUAGAGCCUAUGGCCGAGGUCGACGUUGAGCAGGCCGAGGGGAGACUCGCAGCGGUGCUAUUAUCGGAGGCCUCGGUAGAAGGGUUAGUUGAGGUCCUACAGCAUGUGAAGGGCCUUACUAGGCGAGGGCUGGACCAUGAUGAGAGGAUUGAGGAGGGGGCGCUGAGGAUUGAGACCCUCGAGCGCGAGUUCGACUAUACGAGAUGUCAGAUGGAGAGGGUCAUCACUGAGUGGGAGUUGGGGCGUCGGACAGGCCCGGGGCUUAGUGACCAGGCACAGAGACGGGCGCUUGAUCCAGUUGGUCAGAGGGGGACAGAGGGUCGUCAGGUACCUACUGGACAGGGACCAGCCUCGCCUGAGAUUGAGCCGGGUGGUACGAGAGUGGGCUCGAUUGCGCGGGAUGAGCAGGCAGAGCAGAGGCGAGAGCCAGCUGAGGAGAUUCAGGACGGGGAGCGAACCGCUGACCAACGGGGGGAGAUAUUACAGGAGGGAUUGGGAGAGCUACCCAGGGCCCAGCCCGCAGCGGACUCGCCCACAGUGUUGUUAUCAUUGUCGCCAUUGGAGCACGUGUCAAGGUUUCUGGCCUCAGGAUCAGACGAGCCAGUGAGUGACGCCGCCAUUAGGAGCACUGGGAGGGGACUGAGUCCGGAUACCACUGAGGGAGGGGUGGCGCAGCCAGAGGUUUCUAGUCAGCAUGAGGAGGCACGACAGGGGGGACUAGAUUGGCAGGAGGAGUCUGGACCGGAGGCCCCACGUCGGGCUACGAAGAGGAGGAAUGAUAGGCCGAGGGCUCUGCCGGUAUGCUUCUUCUGCGAUGACAGUCGGCAUCGGAUCGAGGGUUGCGCAGCCUUUCAGAGGGACAUGGAUAUGGGCUUGGCCCGUAGGGAUGCCUUAGGGAGGAUCAGGGAUAGGAAUGGCACACUACUCCCUAAGAUGCGACAUGGUGGUAGGCAGCAGUUGUACAUGCAGCUACAGAUGGAGUUGAGGGAGGAUUGACAUCACUUAGGAUUGCCCUACUGACUUGGGAGUGGCUGCCAUUGUAUGUGUGAUGGGUAUGUUUAGUUGGAUAGUGUGAUCUUGAUUUUAUAUUCUGUUGGUUUUGCUGAGUUUAAUUGUACAUACUGCGUGAUGAUGGAUGUAUGUGAGUGCAUACAAAAUUUUGUUGGAUGAUGGAUGGUUGAAAUGAUGCCGACAUUCUCUUUGUUUUGACUUCUCUUAGCUGAGAUCUUUACCUGUGCAUUGAAAAAGUGGCCAGGCCAUUCAGUGGGCCAAGAAUUUAUAUUGAGGAGAAAGGCGUACCGAGAGGCCGCCUGCUUGGAUUGAGAUUGUGCAUAAUUGAGACCAGAUGUUUGUCAAGAAUUACCAUGGAUAACCAAGUUUGAGUGGAGGAGAGGAAUGUUUGUGGUGCUUCGUUUUGCUGAGAUUUUGUUAUGAGACCCCGAGGCAUAUGACUGAC